AUGGAGAACUUUCUAGAAAACUUGGUGAAAAGAAGAAAGCCUUAUUAUGAUUUUUUUGGGGUAAAACUCAAUGCCUCCCAGGAAGAACUAAAAAAGGCAUAUAGGAAGCUAUCUUUGAAAUACCACUUGAUAGAUAAAAUAGAUAAGAAUUCAAAUGAAGGAGAAAAGUUCAAACAAUUCUCAGCUUAUGAAAUGCUUUCUGAUACAAAGAAAGAUUUAUAUGACAAAGGUGGAGAACAAGCCAUCAAAGAGGGUGGUUCUGCUAAUGACCUUGGUUUUCCAGUCAAAAUAUUUGCUAUGUUUUUUUGAGGAGGUGGAAGAAGGCUAAAGAAACAGAGAGAUAAAAAUGUUGCUCAUCAGUUGCCAGUGACCUUAAAAGAUUUAUAUAAUGACAACAAGAAACUGGCUUUGCAAAAGAAUUUGAUUUGUGAUAAAUGUGAAGGACAGGGUGGUAAGAAUGGAGCUGUGGAAUGCUGUAUCAAAUGCAGAGAUACUGGAAUGCACAUAAGAAUUCAUCAGAUAGAACCUAGAAUGGUUCAGCAAAUUCAAUCAAUUUGCAUGGAAUCAGGAUGCAGGGAACAAAUCAGACCUAGAGAUAGAUUUAAAUAUUGCAGCAGAAGGAAAAUUGUUCAAGGGAAAAAGAUUCUGGAGGUUCAUAAUGACAAGGGCAUGAAAGAUGGUCAGGAGAUAACAUUCCAUAAUGAAGGUGACUAGGAGCGAGGACUUGAGCCAGAAGAUCUUGAGCCAGAAGAUAUUAACAUUGCUUUGGAUCAGAAGGACCACACUAUAUUUACACAAUGAGCUGGGGAUCUUUUCAUGUGUACAGAUAUCCAAUUCGUUGAAGCACUGUGUGGCUUUCAGAAACCAAUAUCAACUCUUGACAAUAGAACUAUCGUCAUUCCUUCUCGCCCUGGUCAGAUUGCCAAGCUUGGAAAUAGAAAUAUCAAAUGUGUGCUGAAUUAAGGCAUCUCGAUUUAUUACUGACCUUAUGAAAAAAGGAUUCUAAUAAUUGAAUUUAAGGUAAACUUUCCAGAGAAUGGUUUUCUUUCAUCAGAUAAGCUAUCUUUGUUGGAAAAAUUACUGCUUGAAAGAAAGGAAGUAGAGGAGACUGGAGAAAUGCAUCGAGUAGAAUGGUGA